UAUACUUGAUAUCACACUUGACACACAAGUUUUACUUAACAAUGUACCUGAUACGUGUUCUAGUCAUAUUGUAUUUAAUCGAUCAUUCCAAUUCAUGGACUACGCAUCGAAGAAGUGAUAAUUUACCAGAUUCAAGCGGAUGUUCGUUUUUAACAUGCAAAAAAAAUGAACGAUGUGUCAAUCGAAAAUUUUGGUGUAAAAAUCAACCUUGUCCGUCUAUGAUUUACUGUUCUAAGUCACCAGAAGAAUCACUCAAAGGCCCACCAACUUGUGAAACAGUAAAAUGCAGCAGAGGAUAUAUUUGCGUCGUAAAACAUCAUCACUGUAAAUGGAAUGAACCUUGUCGAGAUGAAACUGCAAGAUGCAUAAGCGAUCAUGAAUAUUAUGAUGGUCCAGCUACCUGUGGAGGCUACAAAUGUCCAUCAGGCCAAACAUGUAUUCUCCGUGAAUCAAUAUGUUCAAGGCCACCCUGCAAGCUACUCAAAAGCUGCUCCAGUAAGCAAGGUCUCUAAAAAAAAUUGAAUUCCAACUGAUAUUUAAUUUAUUUAUUUUUAUGGAUAGGGGAUUUCAUGUUAAAGCGACCAGUCAUUUCUCUGACAAAUUUUUAUUUAUAUAUUUCACUAUACCAAACAAAAUAAAAGUAUUUUUUAAUUUACUUAUAAAAUGGCAUCUUGAGCUAUCACCUUUAAAAAUGCUAGAUCAUCAUUUAUGUGUCAAAUUCAGACAUUUUAAAAAUAUUAUGGUUUUUUUUUUUAAACUUACUAAAACUUUAUGUAACUUGAAAAUACAAUUAGAGUAAUUUCUGUUUUCUGAAAUUCAAUUUUUAAUUUCCAAAGAAAAAUAUAUCUAUUGAGAAUAUAAGUUCUAUUAACCAAGUCUAAAAAUCUAGAAAAUUUAAUAACUGUUUGAAGAAUUAAAAAAACCAUUCAAGUUCUAUUUUAUGACUAUACAAGAUCGUCAUCUUAAUUUUUAUAUUUUCCAACUAUUACCAACAACGCGAGAGAAAUGGUUGGUCGUUCAAGCAUGGAAUGCCCCUUAUAUAUAUAUAUUUUUAAUGAGUUUUUAGAUGUUUUCAUGUGGAAAAGUCGUUGCCAAUACCUUGGCUGUUUGUCUGAACAUGAAUGUUUUCUUCGUCGACCUCAGGAAAAUUGCCCUUUACCAUUUUGCAAACAUCAACCGGAUUGCACAGCAAAAAAUGAAAAUGAACUAAUUAAAAAUGAAAAAUGUUAUGGUUGGAUUUGUCCAAGAGAUCAACAAUGUGUUACUAAAACUAUUGGUACAUGUCAUAAUAAUAAUUGUCGAAUUCUACGUUCAUGCGCUGAUGAAAUAAAUAUUGAUUCAAGUAAUUUCAACAAUAGACCUUUUACAAAAUCUCUGAUGCAUACGCAAAAUAUCCCACAAUGGAGUUCCAGUUCGUUGAAUCCCCUUGAUGUUGAAUCAGCAUCAUCACCAUUAACAUCCUGGCUUAAUUAUCUAAGAGCUCAUACUGGUGCUGAGACUGUAAAAAUUUGGAUUGAAAAUGCUGAAAAAAAACGAGAUAUUAUUGGAUUUCGUCUGUGGCUAGAAUCCGUGAAGGACAUGCUUGGCAUACAAGCCUUCAAUCUUUGGCUCGACGAGGUUCAAGCCAUGACCAUGAACAACAAACCUUUCCAAGAUCGGCUUUUAACAACACUCGCUGAUUUAAAUUAUACAAAUAAUAAUAAUAAAUUUACAACUUAUUUAAAUAAUCCGGUUAAUAAUAUUAAAAAAGAUGAUGACAAAAAUUAUCAUGAAACACAAUCAAUUGACGUAUCCAAAAAUAGCGAACUUUUAUUUUCAUCAAAUGGGAAUUUAUACGAGGGAAGAAGAGUUGGUAGUUUUUUACCUGAAAAUCAACAAGAAUUUAUGGAGAAACAAAGGCAAUCUUUUAUUAAUUUUUUGACAACAUUGAGUGAAGAACGACAAUUGUACAUGAAUGUUAUUAACCAGACUCACGAAUUAUUUUCAAAGGCCAGACCUCUUUUGCCAGUUAAUCAUAUUGAUUAUAUUAUAAAAAAUCUUAAAAAUCACUCAAACAAUCAAAUAUAUUUUGAUGUAGGUUUAUCAAGACGAACAUCAUAUGUUCCAACUAAAGAAAUUAAUUCAAGUAAUAUUGUUAACGUUGAAGUAACAGAUGACUACUCAGAUGAUGAAAAUGAAUUUGUUCUUGUUGAUUAUGAUGAUCCAGUCGAGUACAAUAAAUCAACACCUAGAAUUUAUAUAAAAGUGGAAAAAAAGAUGGAUCAUCCAAUCAAAAUUGGUGAUGUACAAUUAAAUUUUGAGGAUAAUUAUACCAUUGAAGAGCUAAAAAAUUCAUCAGAAUUUAAAAGAGCUCGAGAGCAUUUGUUUGAUGAUUUUAACAAUGAAUAAAAAUGAAUACUAUUUAUAAAAAAUAGUAUAAGUAUAUAUAUUAUUUGAGAGGAAAGUAAAAUGAAAAUAUAUAUUUAUUAAUAAGAAUAAUAAUAUUAGUGAAAUUGUAUAUUCCAGACAACUCUGAAAGUCUUGGAAAACAACUUUAUUCUCGUCACGAUUUUUUUUUUAUACGUUUAAGAAUUUGGGGUAAUUAAGGCAAUUAAAAUUACGAUAUGAUACAUAAUAAAAUUUUAAAUAAAUAUAAAUAAAUAAUUAAAGUUGAAAAUUUUCUUUCGAAAAAAAAAAAUGAAUAAAUGAACAUAAAACUAACAAAUUAUAUAAUUUAAAGAAAAAAGUUAAUCAGUGUUUAAUUUUUUAAACGAUAUAACCACAGUAAUGAUUCUGGCUGUUUUGCCUUUGCAAAAAUGUAUAUACGAUCUAAUCACAUAAAUAAUACAAGCCUGUCUUUACGAAUAGCUUGCCAGUCUUAAUAAAUUCUAUUAAUGUUCAAAAAUUUAACAAAUUAUCAACAAAUAAAGAUUAAGAAAAAUGACAACCUUUGAAAACUAUACAUACCUCGUUUAAUUUUCAAACUACAUACCUAGAAAUUUUAAUUUCCUACUAUUUAAGCUAUCUUCAACGAAAAUUGAUCAAUAUACAGCCCUCAAAAAGUGUCAGCACCCUUAAAAAAAAAAAGAGGCUUCAAAACCAAUAGAUUCUCUAGUCAGAUCCACUAAAAAAUACCUUGUUAUCUAUACAUAAUAAAUAUAUAUGUUUAUGAUAAAACGUAUUAAUAAAAAUAAUAAAUAGAGACGAUAAUAACUUGUUGAAUAAAAAAUGAAAUUGCAAUUAACACAGUAUUGAAAAAAAGUAAAUAAAAAAUUAAAAAUAUUUUAAAAAA